AUGAAAAGCGAAUCUGUAGUGAUCAUCGGGGCCGGCGUGAUCGGACUGAACGUAGCUCUCGUUCUCGCUAAAAAGGGCUAUGGCCAGCAUACAACCAUCAUUGCAGAACAUCUUCCAGGAGAUACUUCGAUAAAUUACACUUCACCAUGGGCUGGUGCCAAUUUUUCUGCUAUUUCUGCAAGCGACCCGAAUGCGUUGCGAUGGGACAAACUUGGAUAUAUGUAUCUUCUCAAUCUUGCAGCCAAGGAUGGCAAGAAUGCGUUUGCGAAGGAAACACCUUCGGUGGAGUAUUGGGACGAGCUACCAUCCCGUGAGAAGAUCGACUCGAUGGCCGCGUAUCUCAAAGAUUUUAAGGAGAUUGCCACACAAGACUUGCCAGCGGGUGUUGCAUUUGGCAUAGAGUUCAGGACAAUAACGCUCAAUGCACCAAUGCACCUUCAGUAUUUGUUCCAGAAGCUCACCCAAGAAUAUGGAGUGCGAGUCAUUCGCAAAAAGUUGCCCCAAGUCUCAUCCGGCUAUCUCAGCAAGGAUACGAAGGUGGUAUUUAACUGCACCGGAAAUGGAGCAAAAGAGUUGCCGGGAGUCCAAGACUCGAAAUGCUUUCCCACUAGAGGUCAGAUACUACUUGCAAGAGCAUCUCAUGUUCAACAAAACAUCAUGAGACAUGGUAAGGACUAUGAAACCUAUGUGAUUCCUCGACCAUACUCGAAUGGAAAUGUGAUCCUUGGUGGAUUCAUGCAAAAGAAUGUUGGUACACCGGAUACCUUCAGAGAAGAGACAGAAUCAAUUCUGACUCGAACGGCGGCUUUGCUUCCAGCUCUAAACUCAAACGAGACUGAGAUUCUUGGUGCGUUUGCUGGGCUGCGCCCAUCUCGCGAGGGUGGCACUCGUGUUGCCAGGGAAAACGUACAAGUAGGCGCUGCAGGACGCUGGGUUGUUGUUGUCCAUAACUAUGGCGCCGGUGGAACCGGCUACCAGGCUGGAUAUGGAAUGGCGGUUGAGGCAGUUGACACUGUGACUGAGGAGAUUAACGCACUUGAUAUUCAGUCGCGUCUUUAGAUGUUGUUCCCAGUGUCCACUUUGGGUGUAUUUUUGGGUGGGGUUAUUUCUAGAUUUCAU